AUGCAAUUCCUCCACCUCUUCGCCCCUCUCAUACUCAUCGUGUCCGCCAACGCGACCACACUCAAAUGGUUCGCCGGGGAGAACUGCACUGGCGCUCUCAUCGAGACGAGCAGCGACGUCCCUUCCGACGAAUGCAUUACCCAAUUCAAAGGAGGCGCGCGGAGCAUCGCGUGGACUGGUGUCAAGAACAACAUGAAGAUCGAGUUCUUCUCGACGGGAGGAUCCAACCUCCUCUGUGGCAACAAGCCUCUCGUCAGUUUGGACAGCUCUGGAUGCACAACCGCUCCAACUGGCUUCGAUUGGCGAAGUGUCAAGGUAGUCAAACGAGCAUAA